CUGGCGGACGUGUUGGCGCGCUCGGGCCUGCCGCGCACAGGCAUUGGAGAACCUGGCGCGCGCCGGCGCAAUGGACCGCCUGACGGAUUGCACCGACCGGGGGACGCGCGCUGUGGGCAGAUAGGAGCCGGCUACGUGCCGGACGCGCGCCGCGGCCAGUUGGCGUUGCCGAUGGCGGUAGCCGAGGCGCCGGCAGCGGGUGGUUGCGAAGGACCGGUCGGCGAUAAUGCUGGACGAAUACGACAUGAUGGGGCUCUGCCCGGAUGGUCACAUCAUGGAACUGCGCGCCAUGAACUGAGAGGAGUGCAUAGCAGCGAUACCCUGCAGAGUUGCUGCGAAGGUGACGUGGUCCGAGUGGCGGGCAGGGUAGUCAGGCGGCAGCGCCCCCUGGCGAGGGCGGUGUUCCUCACCCUGGAGGACGAAUUCGGGUUGAUACCGGUGGCCGUUUGGGAGCAACGCUGGGAGACGCUCAAGCACGUGUUGCGACGGCCGCUGGUCGUCAUUGAAGGCGAGAUUUCUCGCCGGGACAACACGCUCAACGUGAUGGCGGAACGGGCCUGGCCGCUGCGGGCGGACCUAGCGCUGCACGCCGGUUCCGGACAUGACUGGAGGUGA